AUUUAAUUUUUUUUCCCUUAGGGGCGGCUAUAAAAAAAUAAACUUUAAAUUAAUUAAUUAAUUAAUUAAUUAAUUAAUCCAGGCACUCUUAAUCAUUUAACGUUCAUCUCCCCACUCCUCUUCUCCCAUAAAUACCGAACCCCUUUCUACUGACUACUCACUAAAACCACCACCACCACCACCACCACCGGCCACCGGAAUUUCUUUUUUCACACACAUUUUCGGAGAUCGGAAUUUUUUGAUGGCAAAGGAAGUUGAAUGUGCUGAGCCAGCGGCGGAGUUCGCCGCCAAGGACUACCACGACCCUCCGCCGGCGCCGCUCAUCGACUACGACGAGCUCACGAAAUGGUCGUUUUACAGGGCGCUGAUUGCGGAGUUCAUCGCCACCCUCCUCUUCCUGUACAUCACCGUUCUGACUGUCAUCGGCUACAAAAGCCAGAGCGAGUACGACCAGUGCGGCGGCGUUGGAAUCCUCGGCAUCGCCUGGGCUUUCGGCGGAAUGAUCUUCGUACUUGUCUACUGCACCGCCGGUAUCUCCGGAGGGCAUAUUAACCCGGCGGUGACGUUUGGGUUAUUUUUGGCGAGGAAAGUAUCACUGAUAAGAGCAGUGCUGUACAUGGUAGCACAGUGCUUGGGUGCUAUCUGCGGUGUAGGUUUUGUAAAAGCAUUCCAAAAGUCACACUACAACAAGUUCGGCGGUGGAGCUAACACGCUGGCACUCGGCUACAACAAGGGCACUGGUUUGGGUGCCGAGAUUAUCGGUACCUUUGUUUUGGUCUACACUGUUUUCUCCGCCACCGAUCCCAAAAGAAGCGCCAGAGAUUCCCACGUCCCUGUUUUGGCCCCGCUUCCGAUUGGAUUUGCGGUGUUCAUGGUUCACCUGGCCACCAUACCGAUCACCGGAACGGGUAUCAACCCCGCAAGGAGUUUCGGAGCUGCAGUGAUCUUCAACAAUGAAAAGGCUUGGGAUGACCAUUGGAUAUUCUGGGUUGGACCGUUCAUCGGAGCUGCCAUCGCUGCAAUCUACCACCAAUUCGUCCUUAGAGCAGGUGCCAUUAAAGCUCUCGGAUCUUUCAGGAGCAAUGCAUGAAGAAAAUAAUGGAGAAUAUGAAAAAUUGUAUAUAUAUUCCUGUGUGUAUUGCAGAUGUGUGGUACUCUUUCAUAUAUCCUUUUGGUUUUUAAUUGUUUCUUUUGUUCUACUUGAGUGAUUGUGUAUUCAUCAUCAUGUUCUCGUAAUUUAAGGAAAUGGUUUGUGUAUUUCUA